UUUCCACACAGUAUAAAAGGCCCCUCCCAGAUUUUCUGAAAUUGACGCUGAGAUCCUGUGAAUUUCUCACGCUUGCGGUUGGUUUUGUAAUAUUCCUCUCUCUUCAGACAACAUCUCAUAGGUUGGCGGCCAGGUUUGUACCUUUCUGACUGUAUUACAUUGUCGUGAUGAGGAGAAUCACUGUUUCAGGAAGCCAUUCAGGUCUCAUGUAGAGGUCAGCUUUCAUUAUUUAAAAAUAGAGUCUCGCCCUAUUCUUUAUCAUAGUCGUUCUGGUGGGACUGCCAGUGAUGGCUGAGGAAGGUUACAAGGUUGCCUUGAACGUGUAUGACUUAAGCCAGGGCCUUGCCAGGCAAUUAUCUACAACAUUCUUGGGAAAGCCUAUUGAAGGCAUAUGGCACACUGGAGUGGUAGUAUAUGGUUAUGAGUACUACUUUGGAGGUGGCAUACAAAGUGCUCCUGCUGGAACAACUCCAUAUGGUACUCCAAUUCGAGUUGUAGAUCUUGGUUUUACGCAUGUGCCUAAGGAUGUAUUCGAGAUGUACUUGCAAGAGAUUGGUCCUCGCUACACAGCUGAAACUUACAGUUUGCUGACUCAUAACUGCAACAAUUUUAGUAAUGAGGUUGCCCAGUUUCUCGUUGGUGCUUCAAUACCAGACUACAUCUUGAAUCUCCCAAAUGAAGUUAUGAGCAGCCCCAUGGGUGCUCUCAUUUUGCCAAUGAUACAGCAAUUAGAGACUACUCUAAGAGCAGGUGCAGUCCCCCAGGCACCCCAGUUCAGGCCUUCGACAGUUGCUCAGUCCAAUCAGACAGCCAGUGCCAUUAAGUUGACCCGUGCGGGUUAUGCCCAAUCCACACAGACAAAGGAUGAAGAUGUUGAUGAAAAACCAAGAACAGAAUCUUCACGGAAUGUAGAUCAACAGUCUGAUAUGAGAACUAUUCCCAUAGAAGGCGGGACACAAGAGAAGCCAUCUGAUAAUGCGGUUGCUGGGGAUCCACUUGGAGAUGCUCGAAACAGAGUACAAGAGGAGAUUAGCAGUGAGUUUGCAGCAAUCAUGGCAACUGGCACAUUGCGUGCAAGUGAAGCUGCAGCAUUAGCAACAAGGAGAGUGAUGCAAAGAUACGGACAUAUGAAUACAGCACAGAGCUAGAGUUAUCAAGAUUUGUUCCUGGUAGAUGAUCGAAACAUCAUUGUGAAAUUAUUGAUGCUAAUUUACAUGGUCUGGCAAAUUCCACAUGGAAACAAUAUUUACAUUGGGACUUACCACAAUUAGUACGUGUUAGCUGCCCCUGCUGCCCAACUAUGUAAUUUCUCAGCUUUUGAGACGGCAUCUUUGCCCCAUCAUUAUUGUACUGCUAUAAUUGCACGACAUUAUCUUGGACAUUUACAAAGGGAUUCAUUGUGGAAGUGUGACUAAACUAAUAAUUAUGAGCUUUUACCUCUGUGCGAA